AUGGGAGCAGCAUUCGUCCGGGCUACAUGGGUCAUUUUUGACUCAUUCGGGAUGAAUGACAUGAAAAUUGGUUUUUUUCUGCAGGCUUUGCAGACGUAUACCUGUUAUAUUUUAGUAAAUUUACAUGAACCGGAGAUUGAUGAAAAAUCUGAUGAAUCCAAUUCAACAACAGAUCCAACACCUCAAGCAUUAGAUUUAAGUUUAGCAGUACCAUCCUCGCCAGUACUGACUCUAACGCCUAAAUCCAAAAAUCGACGAAGAGCAAGAAUUUUUUCAAAUAUCUCAAGUCCAGUUUCACGUCAUUCAGUUUCUGAACAAAAUGAGCAUAUCAGUGAAGGUGACGAAUCUAUGAGUCAUAGCAGUCAUUCAAUAAGUGGUCACAAGCAUAUACGAGCUCAAGCGGAAGCCGCUUACAUGGCCACCAUUGCUAAGCGACAAAAACUGUUCGAUAAAGUCGAUAGGACCAAUGUCACACCGAAAGUUCUUCCAUGUGAAAUAAUCUCAGUUCAAUCGUCUUCGAAUGGUAUGGAAAUGUAUCAGCUAUGUACUACAAAAGCAAUACUCGACAAACGAUUUCAAGGAUUAGAUUUAUUGGAUUUAACCAAAUGUGACUUCCGUGAUUUGCGCGAUAUCGACUCGACAGCAUUACCAACGACUACCUUCAUUCAAGCUAGUAAAGAUUAUGCCAGCGCAGGAUUAAUGACACCUGUCGAAGCAUGUAAUUGCAAUGGCAACUGUGCAACUAAGAAAUGUUCCUGUCGAGCAGCAAAAGCACAGUGCGGUACAAAAUGUCAUCCCAUUAAAAAAAAACCAUGUUCAAAUGCUUAG